AAUUUAUACUACAAUACACUCCAAGUUUUUUUAGAGGAAAAAAAAAAUGGGAAUUCUCACAACUACUUAUGAGUUCACUACCCCAAUUUCAGCCCCAAGAAUGUUUAAGUCUUUCAUUCUUGAUGGAGAGAAUCUUCUUCCUAAAAUUGCACCUCAAGUUUUCAAAAGUAUUGAGAUAAUCCAUGGAGAUGGAGGCCCUGGAACCAUCAAGCAAUUCAACUUUGCUGAAGGUACGGAAAUCAAGUUUGUGAAGCAUAGGGUUGAUGCAAUUGACAAGGAAAAAAUGACCUAUGCUUCCACAUUGAUAGAAGGUGAUACUUUGAUGGACAAGGUUGAGUCAAUUUCAUAUGAGCUGAAACUUGAAUCCAUGCCUGAUGGAGGAUGUAAAGGCAAAAACACUAGCAAAUUCAAUACAAAACCUGGUGUUGAGAUUAAAGAAGAGGAAAUUAAGGCAGGCAAAGAGAUGUCUGAUGAGAUUGUCAAGGCUGUUGAGGCCUAUCUCUUGGCAAACCCGAAUGAAUAGGUUUAAUUAGCCGACCCUGACUUGUUUGGAACUGAGGUCUGAGGCGUCGUAAUUGUUGUUGUUGAUGUAUGCUCCGGUUUGAAUACUAGCUGUCUAGUAUUCACUUUGUUUCUCCUUUGUUUAAUUUACUACUUUUGUUGGUUAAUAAAACUUGUGUUUGGUGUGAAAAUGCAUUUCUACACCACAAGGCACAAGAGUACUAUCAAAUUGUAUUGAGGUUUUUCUUCGAUUUUAUUUUAUAUGCUUGACUUAUAAUUUAA